UCAGCUCUUCUUCCGAAAGCCCCUGUAGACCCCGUCGCAGACAGGUCUGGUGCAUCCUCUGCAUUGAUAUCAUCUCCGUCCAUGUUUGACCUACGUUCUCACUCGGCGGGCGAUUACAUCGUGCGACAGCUUAGUGCAACCCUAGAGAAGCUUUCGCUGGGCGAGAGUCACUAUGCUAAGCUUCAGGAGAACAUCUCUCCAAUCAAAUCCCUGAAUACCUCUUCUGACAUGAUCGUCUCUCCUGCUCCCCAUUGGUCUGCCAAGUUCAAAGACUCGCCUGCGUCUGGGUACCUUGCAAACUUAAAACAGCAGUUACAGGAGAAGCGAUGGCUGUGCAAGUUUGCUCGCUCCACAUCAGCAAAAGCGCACGUCGCCGUCGCACCCACCAUAUUCAUCACGUCCGUUGAUGGGAAGCAUCCAAAACCGCUAUGUUCCCCGGUUGGCCUUUUUGGACAAGCCAGCCACAUCAAAGAUUUGCUCGAAGGUCCUGCGCCUCAGCCGCUGCCGCUAGCCAAUUCCCCGUGUCCUGAUGACCCAUUCAACGCGGAUUCGUACGCAUAUAACCAUCCCUCUCAAUAUGAUCUACCAUUGCUACCUUCAACGCCGACAGGAGAAGUCACUGACCCCGCCUGGUAUCUGACCGGAACGCCCUCUCGUGCAUAUCCUGAACUCUUCCCAUCUGGUGGGGAGGAACUCGCAACAGCCCUGAGUGCCACCAUCACCAAUCCGUUUGAUCUUCCGCCUUUCUCUGUACCGUUCUUGAAACAAGGCCUUCUCGACGCUUCGUUUUAUGAUAAUUGAGGCGGGUUGUGAUGCUGAGAAUUUUUUGUGGGUGUGGUGUUGUAGUCCAGUAGGUUCUGAAGCCGCUGAGCUGGUAUGUUCAUGUCCUGAGUCCUUAAGUUGUCUACAGAUUCCUUGC